AUGUGUGCACGUGCCUGGGCCACAAAAGAUCUACUAGUAGCCGUGUUUGGAAGGAACACCCUUGGUACACACUGCUACACUGGCAAAUGUUCAAAUGCCUUCAGAGGCAAAGCAGCUAAGCCACGACUGGACUCUGAAAAAGUCUCUGACAUCAUCUAUGUGGAGAUUGAAGAAACAUUCACAGUCAAACAGGAAGAUCUGCAGGAACAAACAGGACCCAUCGUAUAUGUAAUUGGUGACAGCUACAUUCGCCGUGGGGAAGAACAGGCAAGGCAAACUGUCGGGACCAACCUUGGUCUCAACGCCCAUAUCAGGUGGUUUGGCUGUGGAGGCUUGGUCUGGAGAAACCUUGUCUCUUUCUUUCACCGCUGUCUUGAAGGAAGAGCUGUGCCAGAUGUCCUGCUUAUUCACUGUGGCGGAAAUGACCUCGGUAACAUCAAGAGUGUUAUACUUGCCGCAGUGAUGAAGCAGGACUUGCAAGACCUCCAUAGGCAGUUCCCUCAGAUGAAGAUCAUCUUCUCUGCCAUCACCCAGCGAUGCCUGUGGAGGUCUGCUGAAAGUCUGAGGAAGGUUGACAGGGCGCGGCGCUUUGUCAACCAUGCGAUGGCUACUAUUAUGGUGUCAGUUGGUGGUGCCAUUGUUCAUCACCCAGAGAUAACAUAUAAAGAUCCUGGCCAUUUCUUACAUGAUAGAGUUCAUUUGACCCCUUUGGGCAAUGACAUAUUUUUAAAAAACCUUGCCCAGUGUCUGAAAAAUCAAAUCCAGUAGGGUGAUGCUGGAUUUGGAGUUUCCACAAAGUUUUGGGAUGAAAAAUGGCCAAGAUUUUUUUGUUUUUUUGAUAUGUGAUGAACAAUGUGUGUGUGUGUGUGUGUGUUUUCUUUUGUUUGUUUGUUUGUUUGUUUGUUGGGUGUUUUUUUUUUAACUAGCCAUCGCACUUCAGAAAGAUCUGUCACAACUUUUUCUCCCUCUUGUACCUUUUCUACUUCUCUUCUCCAGACCCUAUGCUUCCUCAGCCAAUCCACCUGAUAAACUUCCUAAACGUAACACUUUACACUACAGGGCACAUAAUUAAUGUUAAUUAAUGUAUUUACGAACAUUAACUAAUUUAUGUAUCAUUAAUUCAUUGUUUGGUCAAGUUAGAAAAAACAUUAACUAACAUUAACUAUGUGUCCCAUAUUUUAAAGUGUUACGUUUAUUUUUCCCCACGGUGAAUGUAGCUGUUAUGAUCACCAGCUGGGGUGUGCACAACUUCUACUAAAUGGCACUCUAUUCCACAUCUGGAUUACAUUUCCCAUAAAGCUUUGCACCUCUACAGAUGACACUUUAUCAGGACAAUUUCCUUAAUUGCUGUUUCACCUUUUUCUCUUUUGUGGACUAUUUAAGACUCACACAUCAGAAACUGCACAUGGAUUGUCCAAUUUGUUUGAAUCAUUCCUUUUAGCCAGGAUGAACUGAUUCAGGUUUCAGGAAUUAUAUAUUGAUGAUAGUUUGGCAUCCUUUCACCAGAUUUAGCGGAGACACCACUUACCAGCUUUGGACUUUUUCAUUGUCUACAUAAAAGACAUUUUUGAGAAAACAUUUUACACUGUGUGCAGAAACCUGCACAUGCUGAAUUGGAAAGGGAUCUGUGUCUUCUUGAGGAUAUAAUAUUUUUCUGUAUGCAAUAUCAGAGACAUUUAACAUUUUCUGGAAGAAUUUGGAAGAUAUGAAGUUCCUACAUGAUGUGCAUUUUUUUCAUUCAUUCAUUCAUUUUCUUUUUGACUUAGUCCCUUUAUUAAUCUGUGGUCAUCACAGUGGAAUGAACCGCCAACUUAUCCAGCAUUUGUUUUACAUAGUGAAUGCCCUUUCAACCACAACCUAUCACUGAGAAACACCCAUACACCCUUAUUCACACACAUACAUUACAGACAAUUUAGCUUACCCAAUUCACCUCUACCACAUUUCUUUGAACUUGUGGGGGAAACUGGAGCACCGAGAGGAAACACACCAACACGUAUAAUGGUUCUCUUGUUUUACAUUAUCAGGUUUUUUGAAUUUCUUUGUUUUAUGAUUAUUAAUCGUUUAAUGUCUGCCUGGAUUUUGUAUUUCUUUGAGGAUUACCUGACAGUGCUGUUUGCUUCUGAUUUUGACUCUGCCUGAUGAAGCUGUAACAAUAUAUUGUGCAGCUCUAUUAUUGCAAUGUUAUCAUUCACAAUAGACACAUCACAGGAUAUGCAACACUGAGUUUGUUGUAUAAUUUGCAUGUGUUUUUGAGGUUUGCGACUAUAUAAUGAUUUUAAAAGCAAUCAGGAAUAAGAGUUUAAUAAGAGUCCAUUUUAAAUUUUUUAAUGACAAUUAAUUUUACUGAAUUAUUUUAUUAUUACCUGAUUUACCCGAGACUGAGAAAACACUGUUCAUUUUAAUUAUAUAUUUUUAUGCAUUUAUCUAUGAUUGUAGAUUUUUCCUUAGAUUUUACACAAAUGCAUUCCCACUACAUAAUCAUCUCAAUCAAUCUAAACUUUGUAUUCAUAUUGCAAUAUACAAUUGCAGGAAUAACAAAAUAUGUUAGAUUUUUGUUAUCAUGCAGCCCUAUUGCUUGCUUUGACACUACUUGGUUCAUAAACGGCAUUUGAAUUCUCACUUAUGUCAUCCCUGAGUUAUCAUGAUUUUGUUUUGGUGUUGAUUUUGUAAAAAAAAUAAAAUAAAAAAAAAAUCCUGAA